CAUUCACUCUGAGACGGGCGGCCAGCCGGCCCGGACGAACGCGCUGUCACAGCGCCGGAUAUUGGUGAACGAAAAGUGCUACGACUUGGGGCCCCCAUAGAGAGGGCCCCCCAACGGAAGAGACCGCCGCAAGGCGGUCAAACUCUCAGGCAUGGAGCAGUUCGAGCAACUGCUAACGUGCGCUAUAUGCCUGGACCGAUACAGGAACCCGAAGCUUUUGCCAUGCCAGCACAGCUUUUGCAUGGAACCCUGCAUGGAUGGCCUCGUUGACUACGUACGCCGACAGGUCAAGUGUCCAGAAUGCAGGGCGGAACAUCGUAUACCCUACCAAGGCGUACAGGCGUUCCCGACCAACGUGACACUGCAACGAUUCCUGGAAUUGCACAUCGAGAUCACGGGGGAGCUGCCGGACCCGACCAGCGGCCAGACAAUGGAACGGUGCGGCGUUUGUUCGGAGAAAAGCUACUGCUCCCUAUGUGUCCACUGUGAGAAAAAGUGUUGCCCCGAAUGCAAGGACGCUCACAUGGACAUCCUCAGGCGUGAAAUUACGCGCAUCAAUUCCCAGAUUCGCAGAGGGCUGCACAGGUUGCAGGACGCGCUGGCUCUGGUCGAGAAAAACACGCUUGGUCUGCAAACAAACUGCGCCUCGGUCGCAGAGGAGGUGGACGAGAUUUAUCGGAGGCUGAGCAAGGCUUUGAAAGACCGUACGGAACAUCUGCGUAACGAGGUCGAUCGAUACCUGAGCACCGAGCUCAGAGGCCUGAUCCAGCUCAAAGAGAAUCUCGAGCUCGAGAUCGCGAAUAUCCAGAGCAAUUGCGAUCUAGCGGAGGCUCACAUCAACGAGAACGUGCCGUGGGACGAUUCGGAGCUUCUCGACACGAAGGAGCUGUUUCUGCGCACCGUGGAAUUCAUCAGGAACUUCGAGUACGAAGCAGGGGAUUACAGUCGGCGGGUGCGUUUCGUGAUGGCCCACGACCCGAACCAGCUGGUCCUCCACGUAGCGGGUUACGGCGAGCUGAAUAUUAAGCCGGAAACCGGAACCGGAGGAUUGCUCGGCAGCUCGAGCAGCCUGGCGCCACCCGGAGGAUCGCCCGGACUCAUGAGAAGCAAGAGCGACCAUCGUCUGGCCUCCCAGUACAGGCAGCAAGAGGAGGAACGGCUCGCGAGGAAUCGAUACGUGCCCGAAUACGACUACGACGCGCCGGAGUACGAGGUCCCCAGAAAUAAAUCGAGGUACAGGAGCCGAUUCAUGCGUCAUCGGGACGGUGACGACUCCGACGGUGACACGAGAUCGACCGUCAGAUUCACGUCGACGCCUCAGGAUCAAUCCGGUUUACGUGAACGCGUCCUGGACACGGAGGAUGCGGCACGAGGGCCGCUAUCAGGGAUUUUUCGGCUCACGGACUCGCCACGUGUCAUGAAGAAGCUUCAGGACUACGAGAGGGCCGGAAAGAGGAAAAAAGAAGAGCCACCGCCCCAUCCCGUCCAACAGACCCCGACACCGAAGCCUCAGGUACAGGUCAGGAAAGUGCCGACUGCGAUGGCGAGACAGACCAGCGAGGACGACGAGAUUUCUAGGAUCAAAAAACAGAAUAAAACCGCGGCAACACCUGCGACCGAAACGGUGGAGGAACGACAACCAGCGCCGACACCUGUACCAACCCAUCCGGCCCCGAGGGAAGCACCCACCGAACGGGACACGGAAGAACCUACGCGGAGACCAAUGCCCACGAGGAGAACUUCGACGGAUACCCACACCCCGGCGACGAGAAGCGCUUCAUCAGACUCGAGCACGGGCUCCGAGAGCUCCGGUGGAUCAGGAAUCCGCAACACGGGCGCGCCAUUCACCGCCGAGGAAAUGAAGCAGAAAUACUUGUCGAGGGCGCCGACGUCGAACACGACAACUGCGGUCCCGUCGGGACAGGGAGCGCAAACGCCAACCAAGGAUUCCGGGACGGCCUCGCCCGCGACCCGUUCCUUCCAGAGCCGUUUUUUAGGCACAGGUAACCGUACAGCACCACCACCACCCACGCCGACUCCGCGAGAGGAUACCGUCAUAAAGAAGAAAGAGGAAGAGGAGGACGAGGACGAGGAGACGAGCAGCUCCUCGGAGGACACGGAGUCGGAGACCGAGGAGGAAUCGGAAAACGAUGCUCAUCCGUCGGUUACGACGUCCUCGACAACCCCGUCGACCGUUCAGGAUCGUCAGAGAAGCGAAUCUGCAAUGGCGCGGACGGACAUCGGUCCGUUACUCGCUCGAAGCGCAGAGGCCAGACGCGGAAGCAAGGAGGAUUCACCUUCGACCAGGUACACGUCGCCGAGAGGGAGUCCCGCGCAUACGGUGACGAGCCCGACAACAACGACGACGAUGACUACGACAACAACGUCGACAACGACUGCAACGAGCGGCGCCGCGACAACGCCGGUCGGCGGUUACACAAGCAGGUUCCUGAACAAGAGCAGGAGCCAGGCGGCGAUGAUGGCCAGCCGGGAACGGGAACGGGAACGGGAACGGGAACGGGAACGGGAACGGGAACGGGAACGGGAACGGGAACGAGAACGGGAACGCGAAAGGGAAAGGGAAAGGGAAAGAUAACGCGAGAGAGAACGAGAACGCGAACGAGACGCGGACACGGAGGUCGACUCCCCUCUGUCGGCAAGGUCGCGUUAUGCCGCGUUAAAGGAACGAAGACAACGGCUGGCGAGGUCCAGAAGCUCGCACAACUUCGGCGGCGAUGACCUCGAUCUGGACGAGGAACCACCAUCGCCGACCACCCAGUCGCCGAACGCUUAUUUGGCAGCCAAGUACGGAGCCGGCUCUGAACUGGCCAGGAGUCGGAGCACCCAUGCCCUGAAGUCGCGCGAGCCAAGCCCUGAACGCGACCGAUCGGGGACUGAGAAAGACGGGGCAGCGCUGAGCUCGUGGGCGAGGUACCUGAAGAAUAAGUACGGGAAUCGAACCAUCAAGGACAAGGAACCCUCGUCAUCUACUUCGACGAUACCAUCAUCGAGUAGCAGCGCAACCUCGAGAAGGUUAUCUCUCGGGCUACCUCUGAGGCACGCUGGUCAAACGUCCUUCGAAUCUUCCGACGACGAUCAAAAAAACCCGUCAGGCUCCCCCACGUCCCCUACAGCAGCUCCCGUUAUACCCGCGGCAGCAGGUUCCUCCACUAGUAAUGGCCGGAGGAGUCACUACUUGCUGAAGCGGCGGCAGCUGUUCAAAUUCGGGAUGCGGGGGAGCGAAGCCGGAUGUUUUACCUGGCCGAGAGGCCUAGCUGUUGGCCCAGACAAUUCCAUCGUCGUGGCCGACAGCUCCAAUCAUCGUGUUCAAGUAUUUGACUGCAAUGGAAACUUCAUGAAGGAGUUCGGAUCGUACGGAAGCGGCGAGGGUGAAUUCGAUUGCCUCGCCGGGGUGGCCGUGAAUAGAAUCGGGCAAUACAUCAUCGCGGAUCGUUACAACCACAGAAUUCAGGUGCUCGAUCCAUCCGGCCGUUUUCUGAGAGCGUUCGGCUCCCAAGGUACCGCGGAUGGUCGGUUCAAUUAUCCAUGGGGCAUCACCACGGACGCUCUUGGAUUCAUUUAUGUGUGCGACAAAGAAAACCAUCGCGUACAGGUAUUUCAAUCGGACGGCACGUUCGUGGGCAAAUUCGGUUCCUGCGGUAGCGGACGUGGCCAACUCGAGCAUCCUCACUACAUCGCGGUCAGCAACACGAAUCGCGUGAUCGUCAGCGACGGGAACAACCAUCGCGUCCAAAUAUUCGACGUGAACGGCCGCGUGCUGACCUCCUUCGGAUCCGAGGGCUCCGACGAGGGUCAGUUCAAGUUCCCAAGAGGCGUCGCUGUCGACGAUCAAGGGUACAUCGUCGUCGCCGACUCCGGCAACAACAGGAUACAGAUAUUCAGCCCAGAGGGCGCGUUCCUCAAGUCCUUCGGCGGCUGGGGCAGCGGUGACGGUGAAUUCAAGGGCCUAGAGGGUGUUGCGGUCACGUCGACCGGUAACAUCGUUGUCUGCGAUCGCGAAAAUCAUCGCGUCCAAGUGUUCUAAUUAAUCUCCUUCAAUUUUACUCUCAUUCGUCCAUACUCUUCUCCUCCCUCCUCUUCUUUCUAAUCCUCGAUCAGAGACUUUUCGAGCGUUCUCAAAAGGAGCUUUCAGAAUCUCUCAAGAUAAUGUAACUAAAGAUUCUUUCGACUCUAUCGUAUAAUUAGAAGCUAUAUGGUCCGUACAAUAAUCAAAGGGAUUUCCAUAUUUGACGAACAGUCGCAUAGAAAGCGGGAAUAUAAAGGAAAAAAAAUAUAUGAAGGCGCUUAGACGAUACAGGAUCGGUUCACCGUCAUACGCGGGGGGAGGGGGGUGAGAUGUCGCGUUAACUUGCUUGCUUUCGUUAGUUAUUAACAUAGUUGUUUGUGUUGAGCUAAUAUAUUCGCGGGAGGGAAGCCCUUCUGGUACAGACCAUGGAAGCUUUUAUCGGGGGGGCGGGAAAAAAAGAUUUUGAUCCGAUCGGUUGUUAGAGUUUUCUGGACUCUUUUAUAACAGGAUUUAGCUCGAUUGUCUAUUCCCUUAGUAUGUGGCCUAUUUAAAUGUUAAUACACCUCCUCGACAAAGUUAUACGAUGAAUCGUUAAUGAAUACUGGGGCGACGAAAAAUCUUGGACGUCGGUAGAUUCGAAGAUCACUGGCUUAAAAACGCGAGAGAAUUGAAAACUGAAUACCGUUGAUAUUUUCUUCCUCUCCCCCUCAUCUUACCCCCUUUCUCCUUUAUUUCUGUCACCAACCCUUGUACGCACAUGAUAUCCGCGUAAUUUAAUUUAAUUUAUACUCAAAUUGACAACACAAAUACAGUUUGUACCGUUUGUAUGCUUUAAAUAAAUUGUUGCGGAAGUAUU